AUGAGUAUAUUAUCAUCAUUAAUUUCAAUAUCAAUUUCUUCUCCAUCAAAAAAUAGUACUGUAUCAUCAAAUAAUAAUUAUUAUUCAGCAGUUUCAAUGGAAGGUAUUACAAUUGCAAGUAGUCAUAUAAAAACAAUUUCUUAUACUUCACCUAAAUCAUCAAAUACUCGUGCAUAUUCACCAACUGGAUAUGGGUAUAGUUAUAGUUAUAGUUACGGAUAUAGUUCAUGUGGUUAUAAUUUUUAA